UCUGUUUCUUCCUUCUCUCCCUUCCUUGAACGCUUUGGAUCGAACAUGGACUUAGCUUUCAUUGAACAAUCGUUGGCGUCUGCGAUCAUCCAGAAUCUCGUGGACACGGGCUUGUCCUGUCUCAAGGCGUACCACGGCCGGAGAGGCAUGAAAGAUGAGCUGGAGAGAGUGCAGCAGGCCCUUCCGCAGAUCCAGUCGGUUUUGAUUGCGGUCGAGGGGCCUCCGGUGAGCGCCGAACCCGACAAAGCGCUCGAACCGUGGCUGUGGCAGCUGAGAGACGUUGUGGAGAAGGCGGAGGACGUGCUCGACGAGUUGGAGUACUACAAGCUGAAGACGACUAUAGAGGCUCGAGAUGGCGAGGUAGGUGGCAUCAUACAAAAAUGCAAGAGAAAGUUUUCUGAUAUUGUUCAAAUCUUUAGUGAUGACACGCUGAAACGGUUGAGGGAGGCCGUCAAGGGGUUAGAUAGCUUUGUUGCGAGUAUGGAGCCUCUCCUUCAGCUUGUUAUAGGCUUACAUGGUCAUAGUGUUAAGCAUCAGAUGUUGGAAGGGAUCAGGAAUGCGCGCGAGACUAGCUCCUUGUUAACCGAAAGUGAGGUGCUCGGACGAGACAAGGAGCGGAACUUGAUUGUUACAUGGUUGACCAAACCUGCACCUAGCGGUGAUCAAUCUGUAGCGAUUACCGCCAAUGUUUCUGCAUUUACAAUAGUCGGCAUUGGCGGGCUAGGGAAGACCACUCUCGCUCAACUCAUUUACCGCGACCAAGAAGUGCAACAAUUCUUCAACCCUAUUAUAUGGGUUUGUGUCUCUCAAAGCUUCGACGCAGCUGUACUAACAAGAAAGAUGUUAGAUACCAUAACUAAGGAGAAUCUCGGCGACAAGAGUCUGAAUGCGCUGCAUGAGAUCCUAAAGGGGAAACUAUCCUCGAAGAGAUUUUUGGUCAUAUUAGAUGAUGUUUGGAACGAUGAGGAAAGGACGGAGUGGGAGAAACUAAUUGCUCCUUUAAAGUUUGGACGAAGCGGGAGUAAGAUCUUGUUGACGACUCGAAUGGAUUCAGUGGCGGACAUGGCGGCAAAGGUGAUGGAAUGUCAAAAAGAGUCUCUAUAUCUAACCGGUUUGGAAGAGCAUGACUAUAUGUUGCUUUUCAAUAAGCAUGCAUUUUUUGGUCUGAACCCAAAUGACUAUAGGAACCUACAGUUGAUUGGUGAGCAAAUAGCGAAGAAGCUUGGAGGGUGCCCAUUGCUCGCAAAAGUUAUGGGUGGAUUAUUAAACUCCUGUAUGGAUGAUGACCACUGGAAAAGAAUCUCCAAAGAAGAUAUUCUGAAUUUACAGCAAAGUAAAGAUAACAUCAUGACUGUUUUACGAUUCAGUUAUCACCAUUUGCCCGCAAACUUGCAACUUUGCUUUAGAUACUGCAGUAUCUUUUCUCAGGACUAUGAGUUUACAAAAGAUGAGCUGGUUCAUGUGUGGAUCGGUUCGGGGUUGAUUCGACAGUCUACAGACGGAAAGCGGAGGCCCGAAGAUAUUGGAUCGGAGUAUCUGAAUCUUCUGACAAGAAAAUCGUUUUUUGAUCGCAGGUCAAGAGACAAUUUCGGCGAAUGUUUCGAAUAUUAUACCAUGCAUGAUCUGCUUCAUGAUCUGGCGCGACAUGUUUCUCACGGGGAAUGUUUGAGAAUCAAAGGUGAUGUUUCAGAAAAUUUCAUUCCGAAAACUGUUCGUUACUUAUCUAUCAAAGCUGUAAAUCAUCUAGCCAUUCAAAAGAUCUCCCAUCUCCAGAACUUGCGAACGCUUUUCAUAUCAAUCAAGGAGGAUCACGAGCCUUAUCCCGAUCACGCACUUGUACUCAAUGAGUUUCUCAAAGGAUUCAAAAGCUUACGUCUGUUGAGCAUUUCGACGAAUCGCUUAUUUAAACUUCGUGACGCAUUUAGUAGCUUGAUACACCUCCGCUACCUCUCUCUUUACCAGGAUAAGUCCUUUUCUGAAGAUUUGUUAGAGUGGUUUCCUCGAUCUGCAUAUCAACUUUAUCACCUGGAAGUAAUGAAAUUCUCAGCACCUUUUCCAGAAACUUUUGAGGAGAUCGAAUUUGACGGAAUAAGUAACUUGGUUAACUUGCGCCGACUAGAAAUUCCUCGUGAAAUGAUGACAAAUAUUCCCUCGAUCGGGAAGCUAUCUUCUAUGCUGAAGUUAGACUAUUUUUACGUCCGCGAGGAGAGUGGUUACAAAAUAGGUGAACUGAAGGACCUAAAAGACCUCCGCCGUCUACGUGUUAGGGAUCUUCAAAAUGUGAGUAGUUUCGAAGAGGCCAUAGAGGCGAGGUUAAAUGAGAAAGAAUGUCUCAAUUCGCUGUCAUUAGAAUGGUCCAUAGAUCAGUCUUGUACUCCCGAGGCGGACGAACAACUCCUUGAUAGCUUAAGUCCGCAUAGCAACCUUAAGAAUUUGAAAGUUAAAGGAUACAAAGGUGUUAAAUCUCCGUAUUGGAUGGCGAACGUCUCUUUCUCGAAUCUGACGUCCGUCAAGCUGAUCAAAUGUGGAAGAUGGGAACACCUCCCGCCUCUCGGGCAGCUGCCUUCCCUCAACUACCUUAAACUAUGCGGUUUGCAAGAACUGAAGCAGGUAACCGCCGCAUUCUACGGGAGUAGCAUUGUUUGCACCUUUCCAACAUUGAAGGAGCUAAUUUUUCAGAACAUGCCAAAUUGGGAAGAGUGGGUUGGAACAGAGAACAGAUGCAUGUUCCCCAAACUUCAUAAGAUGGUUAUUAGACGUUGUCCGAAUUUGAGAGCAUUGCCUAAUUUGUCUGCUAUCGUAACACGGUGUGAUGUUGUAAAUGCCGAAGCGGCUACUUCUUCUUCUGCAGAACAUCAGAAUCGUAAAAACAACAAUCAGCACGAACAAUUCCAGGCUCUUGAGGACCUAACCAUUACAGAAUGUGAAAGUCUCACCGAUCUUCCGACGAAAUGGUUUGAGCGACUUGAAUCCCUCAAAACCUUGAACAUAUCCAAGUGCUCGAAUCUGAUAACACACAGGAUCUCAAACACUCAACUGUCGCGGUCUACACUCUGUAAACUCACUAUCGGGUCGUGCGGUAACCUCGAGAUGUUAUUAUUCCAGGCGUUGUCGAAUUCGACUUCUCUCACGGAAUUGAAUUUAAAUGGUUGUGCAAGCAUAACAUCCCUCCCCGCGGAACAAGAGUGUGCGAGAUUGACGUCGCUGUCCCAUCUAGAGAUAUGGAACUGCAAGGAGCUAACAUCCCUCGGCGGAAUACAAGCUCUUUCUUCGCUCAGAGUGUUGAAAAUCGGCGGUUGUGACAAGCUCGUCGCGGGUUCCUCAUCGUACCCUCGGUCGGCCACGAACUUCAACCAAAAGGAGCCGGCCGUGAGCUCCUUUUUAAAGCUUGGCACCGUCGUAAUUGAUCACCGUGCACUCCUUCUCAUGGAGCCUCUACGAAGCCUCACUUUCGUCGUAAGUUUGACGUUCCUCGAUACCUGCGAACUCACUUCCUUACCCGAGCAAUGGCUGCUGCAAAACCGCAACCAUCUCCGACACUUGGAGAUAUAUAAUGCGGCUUCUCUUCAAUCCUUACCGCAAAGCAUGCAAAACCUGCGUUCUCUUCGAGAUUUGGUCGCAUACGAUGCGUUUCUAAUCCAAUCGCUUCCGGAGCUGCCCCCGUCGCUGAGUUCUCUCGAAAUCACCAAUUGUCACCCUGCGUUAAAGCAGCGGUGCCGAAAGCAUACCGGCGUCGAUUGGCCCAAGAUCGCAAACAUUCCCGACGUGACUAUAUUUUAGAAAAUCGACGAAAGCGGGGGCGUCUAAUGACAUGACAUGAUCAGUUUACCUGAAUCUUUCACAUUCUCAAGAGAAUUUUGCACCAUCUAUCAUGUAGAUAUAUGGCUCCUUAAUUUGUUGCACCAUUAUGCUGAUUGUGUUACACUUAGCUCUAGAUCAAAGUUUAAUCAAUUAAAUUAAUUGCAUGGCA